CACACACACAGACACACACACACCCCUAAGUAAAAAAAAAAAAAAAAAAAAGUAGCCUGUCGUGCGAGCAACAUUAUUAAUUCAAUCAAAAUAUAGAUUUGACACAGAUACAAAGUACCGGGUUAUCUGUAAUAUAUGACGCGUGACACUGAGUAUCUUCUAUCCGGGGCGGUAGACUUUGGAGUACUGGACCGGAAUUUUUUAUUUUUAUUUUUAUUUUUAUGUCACCAUGAAAGAAUGCUGGAUUAAUAGGACGAUACCACGUUUGAGAUUACGGUGCUGAUUUACAAUCACUAGGAGGAAAUACCCCCCCCAGCAGACAAGUUUUUGUCUUGAAAUGGAUCCUUCGACAUUGCCUUGUUGAGGCUGAAGUGUCUUGAUCAACUACAUCCUAUCUGCCUCCCAGCCUCUCCCUCCUUCCCUCGCUCCCUCCCAGCCUCCAUGAUGUUUCGCUGUUUAUCCAUUCAGCUUUGCCUGUGGUUUUGGAUUCUACUUGUAACUGAGGCAGCUCCUGGGCUGAUUUUUCCGUAUGUUCCAGAAAAUGGUUAUUGUACAGAUUCCAGAACAGAAUAUCUCUCUGGUGGGGUUUGCUGCCAGAGGUGCCCUCCAGGUCAGUUUGCACUUCGCAAAUGCACAGCCACAUCCAAUACUGAUUGCAGCAGCUGUCCAGAGAAUACUUUCACUGAACUAUAUAACUACGCACCCAACUGCAUGCUGUGUAGAACUUGUGAGUCUGGUCUGGUUAUGUCUUCACCUUGCACCAAGACCAGGAAGAGUGUCUGUGUUUGUCCUAAAAACAGCAUCUGUAUUGGAGAGCCGCCCUCGAGAUGUGAGUCCUGUGAAGAUCACAAUCCAUGCCAGCCUGGCACCUAUACAUCACAACGAGGAGAUUUGGUGCAGCACCCCCAGUGUUCCCCUUGCCCAGCCGGCACCUUCAAUGACCUCCCCUCCAUCACAGCACGCUGCUCCCGGCACAGAAACUGUACAGAAUUGGGGAAGGUGCAGGCAAAAUCAGGGACACUCAAAUCAGACGCUGUGUGCAAGGACCCCAAGGUUGUCAUGGAUACAGGCUAUCUGGGGUCCUUGAUUCUCCUGGCAGUCCUUGCCAUGCUGGUCAUUGGAGCCAUCGCUGGUGCCCACUACUGUUUGAGAAGGAAACAGCAGCACAAUGAUAAAGACCACACCCCAGGCUCAGGCAGGGACACCGAGCAGUCCAGUUUACUGUCUCCAAGUGGAAGCAUAAUCUCCUCGACAUCCAGCAUCCCAAAGUCCCCUGCUCCCUCCGCAGGCUCCACCCCUCCCCUCAUUGACGUCCCUCAUUUGUUGACUGCUGUGCAGGGGGCGGAGCAUGAGACACACAGCAGGGCUUCCAAUGGUCUACAGUGUGGCAGGGAGGCGGGUCAACAGGAGAGGCUGUGUCAGGUUCCCUUCAUUGGAGAGAUGAAGGUCAGUGGAAAUGUUUACAUUUACAAUGGUCCCGUCGUGAACCAGGCUUCUCCCAGCUCAGAACAGCCCAGGGACACCAGCCCCCUUCCCAGUUCCUCUCCUCCAGUUUCCCACUUCAGGCUCCCAGUGCAGGAGGAUCGGUCUGCAGUACCAGUGCAGGAGCAGCAGGGGGCUCCACUGCAGGAGUCAGGGAAGGAGUCGCACAUCACCAUCGAGGAGACAAACUCAUACUAACAGAUCUCUAAGCUAUCCCUGCCCCAGCUCGCUGUGUUCAUGGGUCUCUGCAGCUGGUUCAGUGCAGCCACUGUGCUGAUGGACAAACCCUCUGUCACCGAGAUCCCUCAUCUUUCCCGUGCUUGUUGAGAGUAGUUCCACGCACAGAUAUAGGUCUGGUAGUGAAUCAGAGUAAGGCAUCGCCUGACCACAUACAGGUGUAUGCAGUUCGUUUCAACGCUCUCCUUUUUUUAGGCCAGUUUGUUGAACGUGUUGAAGCAUUAUUGAUCUCUAAAAAAAAAAAAACACUUCUGUGAGAAACUCGCACAUUAGCCUUGCGGCAUCCAGACCUGGUUUUCAGUUUAAAACUUGGAUCUAGUGAGUCUGACAGGCUCGAAAUCAGGUUCCUUCAUUUCCAUCAGCAGCAGAUAUGAGAUCAAACACAUUUCAAUUGAGAUUGUCUUUCUCUGUCUCUCUCUCUGUCUGCCUGUCUGUCAGCCCCAGUCAGGAUUGCUAGAGAGAGGCUGGGUUUAAAUCCUGGACUGCAAAAAAAAAAAUGUAGGCUGAGAAUAUAUGAUACUGUCGGGAAAGUAUUGGCGGCUGGUGAAUGAAUGUAUACAUUGGAAUUCUACAGAAACAAGAUUCAUACAGGAUGGAAAUAAAACUCUCAUUGCAUAGCUGUAAGAUCCAUUCCUGGUUUUACUAUGAGUUUAUUAAGAUACACUUGAGCUUGUUAUCUCUACACUGGGGAUAAUCAAGCUCGGGGUAAAACCUGGAAUGGUACGCAGUAAGAGUCUUAUUUCCAUGCCUGGACUUCUGUAUAGUGUGUCUGGUUGCAGACUGCAGAAGGACCCAGCGGUAGGCAGCCCCAGUUUGAUCCUGUGAAUGAGAGGAGACCUGAGGUUUACAGACUGGAGUUUGUGAUUCUUUCGUAAAUAUAAGCCCCCUUCAGAGGUUCAGUUUUCUAAUCAAGCAUUGUUUUACUGUAUCAAGGCUGUAAAAGUACAUUCAAUACAGUAAAUGUUUAAAGACCAGACUCAAGGCUAACUUUAGUAUUUAUAGAUAUCUACUUUUCUUUUUAUUUCAAAUUUCACAUUGGUUUUCACACAAGGUAUUUGAUUACAGUGGUGUACACAAUGCAUCAAGAUGUCAGAAAAAGCUUUUGAAAAAAACAAGAGUGACUGUAGGAAACACAAGAUCUCUAGUUAAACGCUAAGUAAAAUAAUGCUGUGUUUAGUGUGUGCAUUUCCUUUACCGUUAAAACCUUUUAAUUGUGUUUGUGUGUAUACACAUGUAUAUAAGUAUAUUAAAAAGUUCUGGAUAGAUUUUGAAAUACGGGUACAAUAUAGCGUUGCUAUACUUGCACUGCUCGUAAAUUAUUUAAUAUACAGCUGUGGCCAAACUUUUUGCAUCACGGAAUAAAAUAAAGCAAUUUUACUUCAUAAAGUCGAA